AUGGAUGUGACACAUUUGAUCCAAAUUGUGAAAUUUGUUCUUCUGAUUUCAAAAGAAAUUGUACCAAGUGCAAAGAAAAUACAGGAAAACGGCCAAAUAUCAACGGUGGAGUAUGUAUUGACUGUGAUUCAACUUGUCAGAGUGGGCAAUGUGAUAGGGAGACUGGUAUUUGUUCAUCAUGUAGUUCACAGUAUGUGUACGACAACCCAUAGAAACAAAGUUGUGUUGCAUGUCUACAAUUUGAUCCACUAUGCACUAUAUGUUCUUCCAAUUCUUCAAGAAUAUGUAUUACAUGUCUUACUGUGUCAACCAUGUAAUACCAAUUGUAGUUCUUUUUGUGAUACAAAAACGGGAAUGUGCGAGAAAUGUGCAAUCAAUCACGUUCCAACAAAUCCAAUUUCAACGACUUGUGUAAGUUGUUCUGAUUUUGAUAAAAAUUGUUACACAUGUGUAAAAGACAUGAGAAUAUGUUCUAUAUGUAAGCCUAACAUGUUUCCAGAUGUAAAUGGUAUAUGUAAAGCAUGUGACAGUAGUUGUAAUGGUGAUUGUAACACGUCAACAGGACAAUGCAUUUCUUGUAAACCCCAGUAUGUACACAAUAUUAUUAAUAUGAGUCAAUGUUUUCCAUGUACCACAUUUGACGUAAAAUGUCUUACUUGUGCUUCUGAUUAUUCACCCAAAUGCGUGACAUGUCAAGAUUAUUAUUAUCCAGUUACAAAUGGCAAAUGUAUACCAUGUAGUGAGGGUUGUGCAAAAUGUGAUACAACCAACGGAAGGUGCAUUGACUGUCAGACAAAUUAUGUAUUUACCAACCCUCAAAGCCAAAGAUGUGAGUAUUGUGAUAUAUUUGAUAGAAAUUGUUUAACAUGCUCAUCAUCGUUUGAUAGAAUUUGUGUCACAUGUAAAAAUACUGAAAAUUAUCCACAACGUGGAUUGUGUAAACCAUGUGAUCUCACAUGUGGUGGAAGUUGUGAUUCAACAAAUGGGACGUGUAUCACUUGUAAAAAGGAUUUUGUUUUCAAAUUGCCACAAACAACAACAUGUGAAAGUUGCACCACCUUUGAUGCAAAAUGUUCGUCUGAAAGUGGGAGUUGUUCUUCUGAUUUUACCAGAAAAUGCAACAAAUGCAUUGCAAAUAAUUAUCCGGACUCGACUGGAAUGUGUAUCAAUUGUGACACAUCUUGUGGUGGGCAAUGUGAUACGACAAAUGGUAUAUGUACUUCUUGUUCUCCAAAUCACGUGUUUUAUGCAACAAAAACGAUAAUAUGUCAACCUUGUGAAUCAUUUGAUAGAAAUUGUGAAAGGUGCUCUUCGACAUUUGAAAGAAAGUGUGAGUUUUGUAAAGCUGGAUACCAUGUUGGUACUAAUGGGAUUUGUAUUUUAUGUGAUCCAACAUGUAAUAACAAAUGUGAAAGUCCGAGUGGAAAUUGUACUGGAUGUAUUCAAGAUUAUGUCAUGAAUGGAACUAAAGUAUUACAUGUAAUCAACACAAUACCGACUGUUUAUCAUGCAGUACUAAUGGGUCGGGGUAUUGUUUGA